CAAAGCAGCGCGUUGUAAUUAUCAGGUUCAGACGUGACGCACCUCGCAGCUAAACGUGUUUAUUCCUCAUGUCGCUAAAACAUUAUGAUCAUAGAACACAUCCAGCAUUCUCCAUCUGCUGCAGGAGAAAGUCUGCAUGUUUCCUUUCAAACUGCCUUUGUGUCACCAAGGCAACUGUUGCCAUGGGAACGCCUUCCAGGUUUACAUCUCAACUGUAAAACUUCUUAAAUCAGCAGGUUUUAAGUUUUCUUCUGCUGAGUGAAACCAGUCAUUGACCUACAAUGCCUCCAAAGAAGAAGAACAAGAAAAACAAGAAGCCGUCCUCGGCGUUAGACGCUCUGCAGACACAGGAGGAGUCUAAGGAUCAGCUGUGGGAGAAGGCCCUCGGCCUCCAAGAGGAGCUGCAAAGCGUGCGUAAGGAGAAAAGCUUCUUCAAGCUGGAGAAGGACAAAAUCCAGGAGAUCUGGGAAACGUCUAAGAAGAACCUGGAAGAAUCUGAGUUGCUGCUGAAGAGUAAGAUCAGAGCGAAGGCAAAGUAUGAGGAGCGCCACCGAGUGGAGAUCACCGUCUACAAGCAGAAGCUGAAGCACGUCCUCUCUGAGCAGCACAACGGCGUCUUUGAGGUGAGGACGGGCGCCGUCUCCUCUUCCUCGCUGGUCCAGAACCAGAACACCGAGGCUGAGCUGGAGCUCUGCAGAGACAUCCAGAACCUGCAGGCAGACAACAGGGAGAAGAAGCUCCAGGAGCACAGCUCCAUAAAGCAGCUGAAGCUGAACCAGCAGGCGGAGCUGAUGAAGCUCAGCUACGAGCACGAGGUCAGGAUGCAAGAGAUGGAGGAGCAGAAGCUCUGGACCAUCCAGUCUGUGGCAGAGGCCCAGCAGAAGAAGCAGGUGAAGGCAAUGGUGGACAUCGAAACCCGGAUGAAGCAUCUCUCCACGCUUCUGAUGACGGAGCACCAAAGGAAACUAAAAAAGAUCGAAGGAACCUUUGAUGAGUUCAGAGAAGCGACAGAAAACCGCUUCUUCUUCUGCAAGGAGGACAUGAAGAAGCUGCAGAAGGAGGAGGUGAAGUGGGACAGAAACAUGUCAGCAGCUCAGCAGGAGAACCAACGGCUGAAGGAGACUCUGCAGGAGGUCCAGCAGCAGAUCCCCGAGCUGCAGCGACAGCUGCAGGAGUGCAGGCUCUCCAAGGACUCGGUGGAGAGGUCGCGGGCUCAGAAGAAGCUGGUUGAGAAGGAGCUGAGAGAUCUGACGGUGGAGCACGAGCUGCUCCUGCAGGCCUUCCAGAAGGUCCAGCAGGAGCGCGACGAGCUGCUGAAGAGACAGAGGGAGAGCCUCCUGGACGUCCAGCAGAGGAGCGGCCUGAAGAAGAUGCUGCUGCAGAAGAAGCUGGCUGCGCUGACAGAAGCUCUGGAGAAGAAGGAGGCGCAGCUCAGCGCCGCGCUGUCGGUCUGCAGCAGCGAGCCCACGGCGCGCAGCAACGCCGCCACCAAGCUGGAGGAGAUCCUGGAGUCCAAACGGGUCAGCCUGGAGGCGCUGCAGGAGGACCUGGCCCAGGAGAACCAGCAGCUGAAGGCUUCUGGACCCGUCCAGCCGGACCAGUGACCGGACCAGAACCCGGACCAGAACCUGGACCAGAGACCGGACCAGAACCCAGCACAAAGCAACGUCUUCAGUUUCUACUUUUAUACGAACAAUGGAAGUUUUUUUUUCAAUAAAA